CAUUCUGAAUUCUCUCGCACUUUCUUUCUCUCUUUUUCGUAGCAGAGAAACUUGAGAGGAAGCAAGGUUUAUGAAUGGUGAAUUUUUGUGAGAACUGAGAAGGAAUAAUGGGUAUCAUCAACAACAACAAUAUCAAAAUAAAUAGAGAAAUUGAGAAGGUGAAUGGGAAGGAAUUGAAUUACAGUGAAUUUGUUGAAAGAUAUAUGGACAAGAACAAACCAGUGGUGUUAACUGGAUUAAUGGAUCAUCAUUGGAGAGCUUGCACUGAUUGGGUUACACCUGAUGGAAAACCUAAUCUUCAAUUUUUCUUCAAUCAUUUUGGUUCCUCCAAAGUUCAGGUUGCAGAUUGUGAUACCAGAGAUUUCACUGAUCAAAAAAGGGAGGAGAUGUUGGUCUCUGAUUUCCUUGAACGUUGCCUUGAAGUUGAGGGUUCUGCAGUUCAGUGCAGUAAUGAAAAUGGUGAAUGUAAUGGUGACUCUGUGUCUGUACCGUAUUUGAAGGAUUGGCAUUUUGUCAAGGAGUAUCCAGAAUAUGUAGCAUACAUAACUCCAACUUUCUUUUGUGAUGAUUGGCUUAACUUGUAUCUUGACAACUUCAGAAUGAAUACUCAUUCCGGCAGUGACCAGCAAAAUAAGGAAAUAUGUUGCUCUGACUAUCGUUUUGUUUACAUGGGAGUUAAAGGAUCUUGGACUCCUCUACAUGCUGAUGUUUUCAGGUCGUACAGCUGGUCAGCAAAUGUCUGUGGAAAGAAGAGAUGGUUUUUUCUAGAUCCUUCACAGUGCCAUCUUGUGUUUGACAGGAAUGCGAAAAGCUGUGUAUAUAAUAUCUUUGAUGAAGUAUCUGACUCAAAAUUCCCUGGUUUUGAAAAGGCUAUCUGGUUAGAAUGCACACAAGAAGCAAGGGAAAUCAUAUUUGUUCCCAGCGGAUGGUAUCAUCAAGUUUAUAAUUUGGAGGAUACAAUAUCUAUAAACCACAAUUGGUUCAAUGCCUAUAACCUUUCUUGGGUGUGGAAUUUACUUUUGAGCGACUACAACGAGGCCAAGGAAUACAUUGAAGACAUCAAGGAUAUAUGUGAUGAUUUUGAAGGUCUCUGCCAGCGCAACCUUGCUGCUAACACAGGGAUGAAUUUUUUUGACUUCUUUACUUUCAUUGCAUACUUCGCAUUGGCCAACUUGGUGCUCCUUUGCUACAUAUAUGGAAGAGUUGGAAGUACCACUGGAAGUUUGUCAAGAGUAGCUCAUCAUUUAUCUUUAAAUAUUGGCUCUAUUAGGAAGGUUGCAUCAGAUAUGAAACACGUGCAUGCUUUAGAAGGGACUCGUGAUUGCAUCGUGGAUAUGAUAAAAACAUUUGAAGAUCCUAGGUUUUCCAAAUUCUGCAUGCAGGUGGGAAAAACAUAUUUAAUGAUACAUGAGCAAUCCAAUCUGUCCUCUGAUUUUGAGAGUGCUUCAUUGGUUGAUUUGGUGGACCUCUGUGUUUUGAAAGCGUGCACUUCUUCUCAGAUUUACACACCUGAAGACCUCAUCAAAUUUAUAGACAAUACCAUCGCAGAACUGGGAGAUAUUAACAUGGAGUCAUCUGUAUUGCACGUUGCUUGACUGUUCUAUUGAAAUUCAUAUUUGACAGCUGAUUCUGACUACACUUGAAGUUGGGACCAGCUACCGCUGUUCACAAAUUUUAAUUCUUGCCACCUGAUCUUACGAGACAAGAAUGUUGCCUUACCAGUUACCAUCCAUUUGGCGCAUGUCGUUGUCUAAGUAAUCUUUCCUCAUCACCCCGUCUUUAAUUGAACUCUCCUACUUAUCUUUAACAACAUAUCUCUAUGCUUCCAAUUCCAUAUUUCUACUUCUCUUUAAUGUGUUCCUUGCUUUCCUCUGGUACAUCUGGCUGUUCAGAAAACCUCUUUGAUUUCAACUUUUCAAUCUUGUGUAUGUUCCAGUUGUUGGGCCUUCAUUUUCUUUGUGCCCACAAAAGAAUGACUUUUGUCUGACCAUAUUUUUUCAACAGCAUAUAACAACUUUAAGCGCAUAAGUGAGAGGAACUUGGUUAGCGUAUAAAGGAUUGGUGACAGUCUUGGUCAAUUUUCCUUUUGCAAGAAAUGAGUCUGAAUGGUAGUUUUGUGAAAGGUUGAAUGUGGUCCACUGAGUUUCUCAUCCCAAGACUUUAUUGAGGCCUUUUUGAUCCUACUGUGCGCUUGAUAGAUGAGUGGUUGGAUACCUUGUAUGUUGUUAUGUAAUUUACCAACAUAAUGUUGUAUUGUAUCUCAAAUAUUGGUCAAAGCUCAUUAAAUUAUUGUUUUAGAUAAGGAGGGACA